GGCUUGGGGAAGUUGAAUUGUGUCGGGAUCAUAACGAGCGCCACUCUGUAAGUAGGCAAAUGAAAAUGGGGGUAUGGGAGGGGCGCAUGCGCAGGGCUCAAAUGCCUUAAUAACGUCAACACUUCCUCGGAAAGUUUUUAGGCGCUGCUUGAGCGGCGAGUCAGAGACUCGGACUUUGGAGUUCGGAGUGGCGUCUGUGAUUGUCGAGGCCACAGAGACCGAAUCACCAGCGUUUGAGCGCGUCGCUCCGCGUCAUUGUCCUCUCGUUGUUGUGACGCGUGCAGGAGCGUGCGCGUCUGUUUUCUCUUGUUUUGUCCCGUCUAUCUCGUUUGCUUGAGUUGCAAGAUCGGCUGCCCCGUGUAAGUGCGAGGGCCGACUUGCGUCGCGCAUCUGAAAAAGCCGAUCGGCGCCGUGGCGCGCGCCCCUAUAAUAACGGCGAUAAUAUACGAGAGCCGGACGAGUACGAGUACCCGAGUAUCGCAGUCCGCACAAAAUGGCCGCUUCAGCAGGGUAUCCAGCCACCCGGAGCUGCAAAUCCUUGGCAUCGGGGUGCGCCCUCCUCAUGCUGAUUACGUUGUGCGGGGCAGAACGUUUCGGCGUCAGAUCCAGAACACUUCAUGUGAACGUGGAGGAGGGGCUUAGCCGGGAUCACGGACCCCUUGUCAUCGACAGGAAUUGGCACGACGACGGCUCGAUACUAGGUCGCAAACAGAGAGAUGUAUCGACUACUCCCGCCCCGAUUGCCGAUUCGACGACUGCUUCUUCGACGCCGCAGCAUAUCAACAACCCGAAUGUAACCAUUAAGGUGAACGAGUUACACGAUUCGCAUCAACAGUUGAUGGUACACUGGAUAGGUGAGGGUUCGAAUAUGAUAAUAUGUCUGGCUAGGGAUAAUCCACUGCCCAAGACGUACCAAACGUGGCAACAGUACACAACUGUAAAUCCCAGUGCUGUAUAUGUAAGUUACGAUUAUGGCGAUACCUUUGUCAACGAAACGAACAGCUUCAAGGUAUCCGACGAGCCAGACGCUAAAUACGCCAUUGUGGAUAAAUUUUAUAAUCAUCCGACUUAUAAUCGACUUUGCGUGUUUGCGGACAGUACGAAUAAAUUGAUAUUCAUUACACACUCGUAUCGUAUUUCUGACGUCAAGCGAAUAAAACUCGACUUCACACCAAGCGAAAUUGCUUUUGGUGAUGACCAUUAUGGAUCCUCCCAUGCAAUUCUAGUUCUGGAUAAGGUUGAUCCAAUGCGUAAAUUGUAUAUGACGUUGGAUGGAGGUACAUCAUGGGAAAUUGUGCACGAGUAUGUAAAAGCUUUCUUUUGGACGAACACCAAACCAAAAUCUUUAUUAAUCGAACGUACGGGACCGGGGGGUCAAAAUAAUGUAAUUGAUCUUGGACCAAGUAGAAUUCGAUGGAGAUGGGCACCUCGACGAUAUACCGAAGUCAUAAUUAACGUCGAGGAUUUCCAGAUACGUGGUGAUUACAUGUUCGCCACAAAAAAGGUUUAUAAUAAUAAAAAUUUUCCAAUGAAUAACGAUACUCAAGGUCUAGAACUGUUUAUAUCGUAUAAAGACCAACCAUUUGUACCUGCACUGUUCGAUACGGAUCUUCCUUGCAGGGAAUACCAUGUUGCUGACAUAUCGAACAAUCGAAUAUUCGUAGCUGUGUCUCAUACAGAAACAUUGGUCAAUCUUUAUAUAUCUACAUACAUCGAUCAUAAUGGCGUGAAGUUUCUUUUAUCGCUUCCGAAUAUUCUAACUUUCUUUCCGAAUAACACAUGGAGUGAUAGUUGGCUAAACGAAGUAGCGGAUGAGGUCUUUACUGAACUUUACAAGGUCGAAGGGUUACGUGGCAUUUAUAUUGCUUCUGAAGUUCAAGGCAAUCCGAAGCUAAAUUUAAUUGGACCGGAACAUUUGCUUUCUCUCAUCACUUAUGACCAUGGCAUGACGUGGAAUCGUAUAAAAGCACCUGAAUCCAGUUACAAGCGUUUGUACAAUCAAUGCAAACCUGAGACCUGCUCAUUGCAUCUCAGUCAGAAAUUCAGUCAACUUUAUCCUGUAUAUCGUGCAGCUUCGAUUAUGAGUUCUAAAUCUGCUCCCGGAUUAAUAAUGGCGACGGGAGUUAUCGGUACAAGUUUAAAGGGACAUGCAGCAUUGUACGUAUCGCGGGAUGCUGGAUUAACUUGGAAACAAGUGCUACAAGAUUACUAUUUCUUUAACAUGGGAGAUCAUGGCGGUGUACUUGUAGCGGUAAAAUAUUUUAAGAUGAAGGGCGAAACGAAGGAUAUUUCAUACUCGAUUGACGAAGGAGAAACUUGGCAAACGUUGGAGUUUACCGAGAAAAUGCUUAGGGUAUAUGGACUAAUGACUGAACCUGGAGAAAAUACUACUGUUUUCACGAUGUUUGGUUCCGGAAGCGGUGAACAUCAAUGGUUGAUUAUUAAAGUAGAUUUAAGCAAAGUGUUUGAGAGAAAUUGUACUGACGAUGAUUUCAAAUAUUGGUUACCUGCCUCACCGAAGGAAAUAUCAUCUACUUGUGUUCUUGGCCGUAAAGAAACUUAUUUACGUCGUAGUGCUAGAGCAAAUUGCUAUACGGGAACUAACUUUGAUAAUCCUAUAAAAACUGAAAUAUGCCCAUGUGAUGCUCAAGAUUAUCAAUGUGAUUUUGGUUUCAUUCGACCGACUGUUCCAUUGGUUCCAUCAUACACGUGUAUACGUAACAAAACACUUAAGAAUCAUGAUCCUUAUGUAGUGCCACAUACAUGUACUCCUGGAAAAUUUUAUAAUCGUACUAAGGGUUAUAUAAAGAUUGCAGAUGACGAUUGCAUUGGCGGUAGAGCAAAAUUCUAUGAGCCCGAUGAGAUACCAUGCCCUAUGGAAGAAAUGUCAGAAUUUCUGCUGGUAGCACAGCGUGAACGUAUAUCUCGAAUCGAUUUAAAAGAACAAAAGCUCGAAGUCCUUCCAGUUCAUGAUUUAAAAAAUGUUAUUGCAAUCGAAUUUGAUAUGAAAAAUAAUUGUCUAUAUUGGGCAGACAUAGUAAACGAUACAAUUGGCCGCCAAUGCUUUAAAGAUGGAAAAAGUUAUCCCGAAAUCCUUGUGGAAACCGAUUUAAGUUCGAUCGAAGGUAUGGCGCUCGAUUGGGUUUCAAAUGCCCUGUAUUUUGUGGAUGGUGUGAGGAUGAGAAUUCAAAUAAUUAGGACUGACUUAUCUACAAUGGGACGAAUGAGAAGAACGAUUCUAGGUCCAAACAAUGUACAAAAACCAAGAGGUAUUGCUGUACAUCCUAUGAUGGGAUAUAUGUUUUGGACUGAUUGGGCACCUGGCAACGCAUCGGUUAAUAGAGCUAAUUUAGACGGAUCCAAUGUUAAACAGCUUUUUCAUGCUAGAGUUGAAUGGCCUAAUGGUAUUACUAUUGAUCACAUUGCUGAAAGAAUAUAUUGGGUGGAUGCUCGUCAAGAUUACAUCGGAUCCUCUGACUUUCAAGGCAAUGGUUUUAAAAAAAUUAUACAAAAUAAUGAACAUGUAUCGCACCCAUUUGCGGUGGCCGUAUUUAAAGAUAAUAUGUAUUGGGACGACUGGAAGCAAUCGAUGAUUUUUGUAGCAGAUAAAGAUCAUGGCUUUGGCGUAACGAGUAUUAUCGGUCAGCUUGCUGGUCUUAUGGAUUUAAAGGUGUUUGCACAUAGCGUACAAUCUGGCCAAAAUAAAUGCUCCAAUAGCAGUUUAUGUUCACACAUUUGUCUCGGAGCUCCGAAUAAUAAUUACGUUUGCCUUUGUCCCGAUGGUAUGGUUAUGCAAGACGGCAUAUGUAUGUGUCCUGGUGGAGUUAAACCUUAUGCCAAUUCAAGUUGUCCGCAAGUUGCCCAUAGUUGUGCUGCUAAUCAAUUUGUCUGCGAUAACGGUAUUUGUAUUCCAAAGUUCUGGAAGUGUGAUGGUGAUAAUGAUUGCGAUGAUCACUCGGACGAGAAUCAUUGCAAUAAGGUCAAGUGUCAACCAAACACAUUCGCUUGUGAUGAAGAAAGGUGUAUGCCAAGAUACUGGGUAUGUGAUUUUGAUAGAGAUUGUAAAGAUGGAAAGGACGAAAUGAAUUGCACAUACACGAAUUGUGCUGAAUCACAAUUUAGAUGCGAGAAUGGUCGUUGCAUAUCUCAUCGUUGGGUAUGUGAUGGUGAGAACGAUUGUCGGGAUGAUUCAGAUGAAAAGAAUUGUUCCAUUUCUUAUACACCUAGUACAUGUAAAUCUGAUGAAAUUGCUUGCAAAUCAGAUAAUCGUUGCAUACCGAAAACAUGGAAAUGCGACGGCGAACCCGAUUGUGAAGACAGCAGUGAUGAAGAUGACUGCAAAGGUUUUGAAUGCGAAGUUUGGCAAUUUGACUGUUAUAAUUUAGAAAAGAGGCAUCGUUGCAUCUAUAAAUCAUGGGUAUGCGAUGGUGAUAAGGAUUGUAAUAAUGGCGCAGAUGAAGCGAAUUGUACGUCUGUUGAAUACACCACAUUGCCGGCUUCGUCACCCUUACCUACAAAUUCCAGUAAAUGUAACGAAUGGAUGUUCAUGUGCAAAAAUAAGAAGUGCGUCCCAUACUGGUGGAAAUGUGAUAGUGUCGAUGAUUGUGGUGAUAACUCUGACGAGACAGGCUGUGGCUUUCCCGAAGCUCCUGGUAUCACGGGUUCUACUAUGUCUACUACAGACGAUCAUCCACACGUCUGCAGGGACUUUCAAUAUCAGUGCUUUGAUGGGGAAUGUAUCGAAACUGCCUGGAUGUGUGAUGGGUCAAAAGAUUGUGCCACUGGAGAAGAUGAACUUUAUUGCAGUCAUGUACGAUUUGGAUGUAAUGAAGAUCAAUUUAAGUGUUUUACCGAUGGUUCGUGCGUUCCUCUUACGAAGAUUUGUAAUGAAAUCGCCGAAUGUCCAGACGGUAGUGAUGAAAGAGGAUGCGAUCAUCAUCAUACAAGUCCUUCGACCGUUUUGUGUGACACUGGUUAUUUCCCUUGCGAUGAAACUAGGUGUUUCCCUCUAUCGGCCUACUGUAAUGGAAAGCAGGAUUGUUACGAUGAAUUCGACGAAAGCAACUGUGAAAAAAAUAAUACAAGAGUUUAUCAAGUACUCAAUAUUGGUGUAGACGAGAGAUCAACGAAUGCUACGAGUUUGUUCUUAUUUUGGUGGAUGCCGAUACCAAACAAUGUCACUUUUGAGUUCCUACCGUCAAUUGCACUUGCGGAGCACAAUGCUAAAUGGACAAAUGCUAGUAAAUUGAUUGAGGACACGGAAUAUCAAUUUAAUAAACUCGAACCCUAUACACGUUACAAUUUAACAGUAUAUGUAAAACUAAAAGGUCAGCCAACUAUUUUCCCUCCAGCUAGAUAUUUGGUUGUAAUGACCGGCGAGGGUAUCUCUAGUCCUCCAUGGAAUGUAACAGCUAUACAAAGAAAUGGAAGCCGCAUCGAAGUUUCGUGGCAGCCGCCAAUGCAUCCCAAUGGUAUUAUCACUGGCUAUGAUAUUUUUAUGACGCCGCCCAUUCCGCCAGCUCCAGUCCAUUCUCAACAGAAGACAUUUGUCAUAAUAGAUGAAGCCUUUGAAGCAGAUAAAAACUAUUCAUUCUGGGUGAUUGCCAAAAAUAAAAAACACGAGUCUGACUCUUCUAAUGUUGCAACUAUUACUUUCGAUGGUUCGGCUAAUAUUGAUAAUAUUGAGGAUUUGAAAGUUAUUGAUAUGACCAAUCAUUCGGUGACUCUUAGUUGGAAGAAAAUUGAAUCCGCUGAUGGUUACAUUAUUACUCCACGUGGUCAACCAUCUUAUCCAACUCUCGAUAGCGAUACCACAAAGUCUAAUACUUUCGUUGUGGAUAACUUAGCACCUGGAACUAGGUAUAUUUUUGAAGUAGGAGCAACAAAGAAAAAUUAUGUAGGUAAGGCAGCUACGAUCACUGGAAUGACAAAAGAUCAUCCACUUCCAUCAAUGACAAUUUUGGAACCACAUUUACUGAAGUCGCAUGGAACAACUGUGAAGUUGAGUUGGGAUCCACCGAAAGGAAACAGAAAAAUCAAGUGGCAAUAUGCAAUACAUUAUGCUCUUAACAUGGUGGAUCUUUACAAGAGUCCUAAAUUAUUAACAAUGAAUUUGACUGUCACGAUUCGUGAUCUUGAAGCUUGCGAAUCAUAUAUCUUUGCGGUCGGAGUAAGAGGACAAUACGGCGCCGGACCUUUAAGUCAGCCUGUAACUAUUACAACACAUUUCAAUGCCAAAGCACCUCCUAAGAGGCUCCGAGUUAGUCGAGCCGAAAAAGCCGAUACAAUGAUUGUUUCGUGGAGUUCAAGUUGUCCAAUUAUAGAUGAGAAAAUCGGUUACACGUUAACAGUCACAGAAUUAACACUAAAUAAAACGUCUGUCUUUACUCUGCCACCUACGAAUGAGACGCUUCUUAAACAUCCAUUCCGCAGUAUCAAAUACGGUGGUCGCUAUAAUAUAAGUCUAGCCACUGACGUUGACGGUGCGAUUCCCGGACAAUGGGUCAUUUACAAUGCUCCGCCCAUUCUUCCUCCUCAUCAACUUAGUGUUAUUUAUGAAGACGGUAGUUAUUUUAUCUAUUGGCAGGAGCACCAACUGCCUGAAAGCAUUUCCAGAACAACGAACUAUCAUUAUGAGAUAUUGGUGAACGAGGGUGAGAGGACAAUUAAUGAGAGCACAGCGAUGAUUUUCAAAGCCAAUCAGCCACCAUACAUUUAUCAAAAUGCCAAGACAGAUACAAUUUAUUCAUUCGCAGUGAGAUUAGUUACAGAAGAGGGAUAUAGAAGCUCCCAGAGUGAAGUCUUCAGUACACAACAACCUCGAUUUGUAGCAUGGCCAGCACCAAUGAAUGCAUCAAGCAUUAUUUCUCUUGCCAUACCAAUUUGCAUUCUUGUGAUAGCCCUAGGGGCAGCACUUGCAUACUUUGUUAUACGACAUCGAAGAUUAUCUAAUAGUUUUACACAAUUUGCUAAUAGUCAUUAUGAUACGAGACGAGGUCAAGCAACAUUUCCUGGUACUGCUGAUGCUGGUUUAGAAGAAGAAGAUAGUCCUGUGAUCCGUGGUUUUUCCGACGAUGAGCCACUUGUCAUAGCAUAAAAAGCAACCUGCUAUUAUUAUAUUCUAAAAAGUGUACGAUCAAGAAUAUUAUUACAACAGUUUCGAUUACAAACAUUAUUACUUUACUGAAAUAGAAAUUGAAAUGUAAGUCGAAAGCAACAAGAUUUUUCGUAAGUCGCUUAAUAAGAAAGAUGAUUACACAAGCAUUAUUUCUAGUCGUAGUGCAUCAUCCGAUGCCUAAAUAAUGUGUAGCGAAUCUCUUUUAUAAAAAUAUUGUGAAACUUACAUGUAAAAAUAAGAAAAGCAGGUAGGAAAUAAAAUGAUUUACAAGAAUUGCGUUUCAGUGCGAUUUGCUAAAAUCAAUAUAAUAUAGAAUGAUAAAAACCGUUAAAAAUGUUAAUUAUUAAUAAAUACAAAGAU